AUGGCCCACGAGCAGGGCUUCUCCUCCGUCCGACGACCCCGAGAAACUCUCGGAGGUAUAAACAGCAACUUGACCGGUAUCCCCGUGCCUGCCUCCGCUAUGAAGCGCUCCAAUUCGAACUCGAACAUGACCGGCCGCGGCAUGGGUGGUCGCAUGUCCCUCGCACCGGGUAUGGGCAUGGGUCGCCCCGCGCAGCCAAACUUCCAUCGCUCUUCUUCGGGGAACAAUCUCUCAGAUCUGGGUUCUGCAUCCGCAAAGCGUCAAUCGAUGGCGCCAAAUAUGUUCAGCAGCAGCAGGAAGAGCUUUGCGCCAGGCAUGAUGUCCACACCGGCACCAGCGCCCGCAGGCCUUGACCAGGGCUCCCAGAGACGAAGCAGCGUCUGGAACGCGCGUCCCUCUAAUGCACACGGCGGCCCUAUGGGUGUUCACCAGAGCUUCUUCACCACCGCCCCGCCCGCUGCGGCCAUCCCGCAGGAUCCGCGUCGGUUGAAGGACCCCAGUGUUCGCUCGCAGAUGGCACAGGAACUCAGCGAGUACCUGACCCGCAACAACUUUGAGAUGGACAUGAAGCAUUCGCUCACCCACAAAUCAUUCACGUCGCCCACGCAGAAGGACUUCAACUGCAUGUUCCAGUGGCUGUAUCACCGCAUCGACCCCAGCUACCGUUUCCAGAAGAAUAUCGAUCAGGAAGUCCCACCACUUCUGAAGCAAAUGCGCUACCCCUUUGAAAAAAGCAUCAUGAAGUCGCAAAUUGCAGCAGUUGGUGGUAACAACUGGUCGACCUUCCUUGGCCUGCUGCACUGGAUGAUGCAGCUUUCGCAGAUGAUUGAGCAAUACGCAUCCGGCACAUAUGACGAGGCUAGUAUGGAGGCAGGAUUUGAUGUGACCGGCGAUAAGAUCAUUUUCCAGUUCCUCACGGAUGCGUACCGGGACUGGCUUCAGGUGGAGGAUGACGCCGAGGAUGAGGCCGAUCAAGUUAUUCAGAGGCACGUUCAGAACAUGGCCGCGAGAUUUGACGAUGCGAAUGCCGCACACCUUGAGCAAGUCAGAGUCUUGGAGGCCGAGCACCAGGCGCUGCAGGACCAAAUCGACGAGCUCAGCAAGAACGGACCCAGGAUAGCCAAGCUGGAUGAGCAGAUCAAGAUCCUUGAGGAAGACCGCGUCAAGUUCGAAAACUACAACAACAGCAUGGAGGCCAAGGUGGAGAAGUACCAGAACCGUGUCAAGCUCCUCGAUGAUGAGAUAAAGAAGAUUGAGGCUGAACUUGAGGAGGCCGAGCAGGAGAAGACAAGCCUGCAGGCCAAGGUCGACGAGCAGGGCAUCACCAUCCAGGACAUCGAUCGCAUGAACACGGAGCGGGACCGGCUGCAGAAGAGCGCAGAGUCCACGAAUGCCCGGCUCGAGGAGACGAGAAGGAAGAUUGCGGAGAAGGAGUUGGAGGCUACCAAGAAGCUCGACGAGCUCGAGAGGAAAGUGGAAAAGUACAACUCGCAGGGCUACGAGAUCGGCAUUAUCCCCGCGAGUGCGCCGAGGGCCAACGGCGCGGACUUUGAGCUGGUGCUCACACUCAGCGAAGUCCCUUUCAACUCGUCUCAAAUGGAUACGACAUCCGAGAAAUUGCUCACCAGCGCGGGCAAUGGCUACCAGUACCACGACCUCCUCAACCAGGAUGCGCGGAGGGACCUAAAGAAUUCUAUCCUUGGCCUGAGGAAGGAUAUCCGUGACCGGAUGAGUGCGGCCCAAGAAGCUGACUUUGAGAACCACGAAAUGCUCGACAAGGUCAAGGAAGCCAUGGACGACAAGCUCUCCGAGGUGGAGGCUCUCGGCCACAGGGUCCGCGCCGCAGAAGAAGAGUUCGAAAAGACCAGGGAGAUCACGACAGCACAGAAGAUGGCGUCAGACACCCAAAUCGAGCGCAUGGAGAAGGAGUUGGCGAAGAUGCGUGCCGGUUUGUCCGAGAGCGUGCAGCUGAUGGAGCAGAGGGAGAUGAAUACCAAUAUCGAAUACGAGCAAUUGCAACUCCGAGCUAAUGAGAUCCGUGAGCACCUGCACACGGAGAUUGAGCGCAUACUCAACGACGUUGUCAAGUGGAAGAUUGCCAUCCAAGGCGAUCUAUCCCAGUUCGAGGAAGAGGUGGAAGCCCAUAUCAAAGACCUCAAGAGGAAGUCGGGGACGCCGCUUGACGCUGAUAUGAACGAUGAUGCGAUGGACGGCGUUGAGUACUAA